UAUUAUCACCACGCUCGUCGAGGCAUUAGUUAGAAUUGUACCACGGAGCUAAGCGUUCUUGUCAGUGAAAUUCGACACUUCGCAUAAGCAAUACAUCGUGACAAAUAUUUGGCGAAUUGCGAAAACAAGAUGACAAACAUCAGCAACAAUGAUAUCCAAUUUAUCAGAGACUGGAUGGCGAAAGAGGAUCAUCUGCCGAAAGACUUCACCGACAUGAUGAUCAAGAAAUUCCUGCAUAGCUGCUACGGAAGUCUGGAACAAACUAAACAAUGUAUAGAGAAGUUUUGUGCCGGCAGGCAGAAUAUGCCGGAAUUGUACACUAAUAGAGACCCACUGUCGCCCAGAGUGUUAACUGCGAACUCCAUUACAACCGUGGCCACAUACAACGUCGAAGGCGACGAAAUACUCAUUCACCAGUUGUACGAUCCAAAUCUUGAGAAAUUCGACUUCUAUGAUGUACUAAAAUCGUUCAGCUUACAGGCUGAUUACUGGAUCAACCACUACCCAGUGUUUGCAGACGGGCACAUAGUACUUUUGGACAUUCAACAUUACUUUCUAAAAAUAAUACCGAAAGUCAAUAUAUUUUACUUCAGGCAGUUUCUUUUGUAUUUAAUCGAAGCCAUGCCGGUUAGGCUAAAACAAGUUCACGUGUUCAACUGCCCGUCUUACUACGAGAAACUGUAUUUACUUGUGAAACCUGUGCUUCCUCAAGAGAUUUGUGAUAUAAUACAUUUCCACCCCAAUCUUGAAAGUCUUCACAAGGUAAUAGACAAGAAAUACCUUCCAGUCGAGCUAGGAGGAGAGGCACCGAGUAUGAAAACACAGACGGAACAGUGGGUUAAUAAAAUUGAAGAGUCAAGAAAAACAUACCUAAACGACAAUUUAUGGAAGGGACUAGCGGCGAAGAAAUCAAAAUCGGCGGACAAUGCAAUGAAUGGAUCGUUCAGAACUUUAUCUAUUGAUUAAAUUAUUAUAGUAAUUAUAUAUAGUAUAGUUUA